CCCAAAGGAGCCGGGGAGGGACAGCGGGCGGAAAAGGGAGCCAGCGCCGCAAUCUUUCCCGCCCGAAAGACCCGCCCCGCGGUGGGCCCCAGUCCCCGCCCGGCCCGCGGCGCUACCGGCUCCUCCUCGCCGCCGCGGAGCUGGACCGCAGCUGCCCCGCCGACCAUGCGCCGCCUCCCGCGGGCCCUGCUGCUGCUGCGGCUCGCCCUGCUGGUGGCCGCGGGCGCCCCGGAGGCGCCGGUCAGCGCGCCGCGGAGCCUGGUGUGGGGGCCCGGGCUGCAGGCGGCGGUCGCCCUGCCUGUCCGCUAUUUCUUCCUGCAGGCGGUCACCUCGGACGGCCAGAACUUCACUCGCGCGCCCCCAGGUCAAACACCAUUCAAAGUAGUCGUCAAAUCUCUUUCACCUAAAGAGUUGGUCCGGAUUCAUGUCCCUAAACCUUUGGACAGGAAUGAUGGAACGUUUGUGAUGAGAUACAGGAUGUAUGAAACUGUCAAUGCAGGGCUGAAGAUAGAGGUCCUUUAUGGUGAUGAACAUGUGGCUCAGUCUCCCUAUAUUUUGAAAGGACCGGUAUACCACGAGUACUGUGAGUGUCCCGAAAAUCCUCAGGCCUGGCAGAAAACUCUGUCUUGUCCAACCAAAGAACUGCAGAUUGCAAAAGAUUUUGCUUCCUUUCCCAGCAUCAAUCUCCAGCAGAUGCUAAACGAAGUCCCCAAAAGGUUUGGGGACGAGAGAGGUGCCGUCGUUCAUUACACAAUUCUCAAUAACCGCAUUUACCGGAGAUCUUUAGGGAAAUACACGGACUUCAAAAUGUUCUCUGAUGAGAUUUUGUUAUCACUGACAAGAAAGGUCCUCCUCCCAGAUUUAGAAUUUUAUGUUAAUCUUGGAGAUUGGCCUUUGGAGCAUCGAAAAGUCAAUGGAACCCCCAGCCCCAUACCUAUCAUUUCAUGGUGUGGCUCUCUGGAUUCAAGAGAUAUUGUCCUUCCAACAUAUGACAUCACCCACUCCACGCUUGAAGCCAUGAGGGGUGUUACAAAUGAUCUCCUCUCUAUUCAGGGAAAUACAGGGCCUUCCUGGAUCAAUAAGACAGAGAGAGCUUUCUUCAGAGGUAGAGACAGCCGAGAGGAGAGGCUCCAGCUGGUACAACUGUCCCAAAAAAACCCUCAGCUACUAGAUGCAGGAAUUACAGGGUAUUUCUUUUUCCAAGAGAAAGAAAAGGAGCUCGGAAAAGCCAAGUUGAUGGGUUUCUUUGAUUUCUUUAAGUACAAGUAUCAAGUUAACGUGGAUGGGACCGUGGCUGCUUACAGAUACCCGUAUCUCAUGCUGGGUGACAGUCUGGUUUUAAAGCAGGACUCACCAUAUUAUGAACAUUUCUAUAUGGCACUAGAGCCUUGGAAGCAUUAUGUUCCGAUUAGAAGAAAUCUUGGUGAUUUAUUAGAGAAAGUUAAAUGGGCUAAGGAAAAUGAUGAAGAAGCCAAGAAGAUUGCAAAAGAAGGACAACUGAUGGCUAGGGACCUACUACAGCCGCACAGGCUUUACUGCUACUAUUACCAAGUGCUGCAGAAAUAUGCCGAGCGCCAGUCCAGCAAACCCGAAGUACGUGAUGGAAUGGAACUUGUUCCUCAGCCAGAAGACAGCACAGCCAUCUGCCAGUGCCACAGGAAAAAGCCUUCAAGAGAAGAGCUUUGAGUCAGCCCAGAUUCACACUCCUGCAUAUCCCAGCUACAUCUUUAAGUAAAGAUCAAAUCUAAGCUGUGAAGGACAGUACAGAAGGUUUUACCAAGUGGACUGCUUCUCUCAGUGGCUUUAUAUGUGUAGAUGGAUGUAGCCAUACUGGUUGAACAUUGCUUAUCUGAAAUGCUUGGGACCAGGAGUGUCUCAGAGUUCAGAUUUGGGGAUAUUUGCAUAUAUAUAAUGAGAUAUGCUGGGGCUGAGACACAAGUCUAAACACAAAAUUCAUUUAUGUUUCAUAUAUACCUUGUAAACAUAUCCUGAAGGUAAUCUUAUAUGAUACUUUUAAUAAUUUUAUGCAUGAAACAAAGUUUGUAUACAUUGAACUGUCAGAAAGCAAAGGUGUCACUAUCUUAGUGACCCAUGUGGUGUCAGCAUUCAAAAAGUUUUGGAUUUUGGAGUAUUUCAGAUUUUGGAUUUUUGUAUGAGGGAUGUUCAACCUGUAUUUGAACAAGUAUUACCGAAUAUUUUUGGACAUGAAGAUCUUUUGAGUAAAAACUGCUAUUAUCAGCAUCAUAGUUUCUCUAAAAGGAAAACUUGGGGAUCACAGCAGAUAGAGAGGCUUGCCAAAAUAUAAAUCAGCCUCUGUAAAACUGUUUACAUAUUUAUUGGUUUACGUAUUUUAUUGGUUUAUUUCUAUCCCCUGUUCACUUUUUCCAAUUAUGAAGAGAAAAUAUUUGUUCAGGGUUUUUUUUCCUCCCUGUCAUUGCAUAAUGUCUUCUCUUACAAGCUGCUUUUGGCUUUUAUAGUAACGGCUUCUUUUAAAAGGUCUGAUAAGGAUACUGAAGAAGAGGAUGACUCCGUUAUUAAAGGUGGCAUGGAGACUGUGGAGGGAAUAUUUUUUAAAGCACUACUCAUAACUUUUAAACUAAAUUUUGCCAAAGCCUGAGACAACAUUAAGGAGAAAUUGUGCCUUAAGCUAGUUAUUCCCGAUCUAUCUGAUUGUAUACCCAUCAAAGACAAUACAGUUAUUAACAUA